AGUGUUUAUGCGCUGCUGGCGGGGUUGUUAACGUACAGUAUGGCGGACGAUGUAGAAGGCAGCAGCGGUGGUGAAGGGGGUGGUCCGUCUUUGGAUGAGGAGGAGGCGGCCGGGCUGGCUCGUUUCGGUGUUGGCGGUUUAGUUUUUAAUGUCUGUCUGCUGGUGCUGGCUUUACUCGGGGUCUACAGACUGUACAAGAGAAGGAGGGGCGGUGCGGAGACGGAGUGCAAAGAGCCCGCGCUGCCCAAGAUGAAGAAGCGCGACUUCAGUCUGGAACAGUUGCGGGAAUACGACGGGAUUCAGAACCCGCGGCUCUUGCUCGCCGUCAACGGCAAAGUUUUCGAUGUGACCAAAGGGAAGAAAUUCUAUGGACCCGAUGGCCCGUAUGGUAUAUUUGCUGGCCGCGAUGCUUCAAGAGGGCUGGCUACUUUCUGCCUGGAUAAAGAAGCUCUGAGGGAUGAAUUUGACGAUCUUUCUGAUUUAAGUGCUGUACAAAUGGAAAGUGUUAGAGAAUGGGAAAUGCAAUUCAUGGAAAAGUAUGACUACAUAGGCCGACUGCUGAAACCAUGGGAUGAACCAUCGGAAUAUACAGAUGAGGAAGAUGUAAAAGAGCAUUCAAAACAGGACUAAAACUGUUCAGCAACCAAAGCAAGAGCCUUCAGUGCUGCAACCCAUUUUCAGAUUUCUGGAGCUUUUGUUUUCUUUAUGAGCUACAAAUGAUAGAAUGUAAAAUAUAUUUUGCAUUCAAAGUAAAUACUCUUUUGUGUGGAGAAUUAAAUUAAAAUAUCCAGUAAAUGCUGCCAAAAUUGUCUUGUGGUCGUUAUAACAAGUUGGGUAUGGUUGCGCCUACGUUGGCAGGGAAAAAUGCCCAGGUGUUGAUUUAAGUUGUUCUUUUUGUUUGUUUGCCGGUGGAUAAGGGGAUUAGGAGACAAUGUGCUGAAGCCAUCCAUUAUUACUAAUGUUUCAGGAUUAUUUGAACUAGGUGUUACGAGGUAAGGCCUUGGUCUUGGAAUCUUUGAUUUGAGCAUUUUGUAAUGUACAGCAUUGCAAACAAUUGCUGGUGAUCUUGCUUUUACAGUAACAGUAAGUAGUAAGCGCUACUGAAAGCUAAGGUUUAGAAUUGAUUUUCUUUGAAUACUCUGCACAGUAGUUUUAAAGAUAUUUUCCCAUAAAACUGCACUAAAUCAGUAUACAGUAAUGAAGGGAAUGAGGGGAUACUAGUAACUGAUUGUGCUGGCUCAGUUUCAAAAUGCUAUGUUCCACCCCCCCACCCCCUCAAUGUUAUACAACUAUGUUUCCCUGCAAUGAUGUAACACUGAAGUCUGGUUUCCCUUCCAUUUAUUAAAAUGUAGGUAAUAUUCAUUGUGCCUUAUUUUGAUUACUUUUCUACUUCAACUUGAAAUAUUGUAAAUCAGUUUCCCCAAACUUGAGCCAAUGGUGUAAUAGUGUUCAAAGGAGAAAAGCGGUCAAUGCAUGUAUACCUGUUUAUCAUUGCCUGUAUAGUAUAAUAUUGCCAUUGUUUGAGUGGGGAAAUUAAUCCACUCAUUCUGAUGUAUUUGCAGUUAGCAUAUCCAGUGAUACUGCCAUAUUUAUGUAGUGAUGUAUAGUUUAGUGGUGUUAUAGUAAGAAACACAGUUUUCAUGAUUUACUUCCCUCUUGUUUGGAGUAACAUUUUUAUUCUUUGCAAGAGAAAAGGACCUUUAGCUUGUGUGGAAUAAAAAAAUAUUGGAAUGGUAAAGACGUUUCAAAUUUUGUAAAUAUGUGUAUCUGUUUUAAUGAAAGCAUGUACUUCAAGCAAACAGACCUGACUUUGUGUAGAGUAACAAAUCUUGAACCGGAGUGGUAGGUUAUGAUGGAUCAUAUGGAAAAUUGCACAAUAAACAAUUGUUUAUUAA